UUGCAUUCCGUGGUAAUGUGGCUCGGCUUUGCAGCUCAAUACACAGAUUAUAAGGCGCAGAAGAAGGAGACUAGUGAAAUCAAGAGCAAGUUUAGGAUUGGAUGUUUUGAGAAGAGCUAUCUAAUGGGUUUGAUUAUAGUAGAGAUAGUGUCUCAAUUCUUGCAUCCGUAUUUUCUAGGUGAUAAGUUGCCAUUUUUGCCUUUAAUGUUGAUCUCAACAUAUUGUACCGUUGGUAUUAUGUACUCUUGGAUUUGGCAGCUCCGGAAGAUCCUGACAUGACAUAUAGAUAGAUUCAUGUAAUAGUUAACUUGAUUUUAGUACUACGUGAGUUUUUCCCUCCGUAGUAUAUGACUUUUCAGUAUACCCCACGAUACUGCAUUACUGCUUCGGUGACUCUCAAUAAAGUGCAAUUGAGAUUUCUCGGUUCAAUAAAACAUACAUCGGUUAGGCUUAAUAGAAUAAAGAUAUUGGGUCUUAAUAGUUAAAUGGGCUGUAAUAUUGGCCCAAUGUAAAACAUAAGAAGCACUGACGAGAAAGCUGGAGCCAAAGUCGUAACGGAGGAAGAAGAAGAUCUGCUUCUGCAAAAAACCUUAUCCUGCUAUGGCUUCCACUUUCGUCUGCUCUCUACCAAAUCCUUUCUUUGCUUUUCCGGUCAAAGCAACUACUCCUUCGACGGCUAACCAUACGCUUCUCGGAAGUCGAAGAGGUUGUCUUAGAAUCAAAGCGAUUUCCACUAAAUGGGAACCGACAAAGGUUGUUCCUCAGGCAGACAGAGUUCUUGUUCGUCUUGAAGAUCUUCCUAUUAAAUCCUCAGGUGGAGUAUUGUUGCCUAAAGCAGCUGUGAAGUUUGAGAGAUACCUAACAGGAGAGAUUAUAUCUGUUGGUUCUGAGGUUGGACAACAAGUUGGACCUGGAAAGAGGGUUUUGUUCUCUGAUGUGAGCGCUUAUGAGGUCGAUUUGGGAACCGAUGCUAGGCAUUGCUUCUGUAAAGAGAGUGACUUGUUGGCCCUCGUUGAGUGAAGUCUUGUCCAAGAGGGAGAGAUUUGAAGAUUUUACAAGUUUUCUGUAAUUUUCAGACAGCAAUUGUUGUUUCUAGUUAAUCCUUCAAUUUAAUAUCAAUUGAGAUCACUUUCAGAGAUAGUCAUAUUCAAAAAAAAAAACAAGUUUUCUC